ACGUCAUCAUUCUGCGCCGAAAAGCUGACAGCACGGGGAUUUCUGUCGCCCCGGUCACAGAAACUGGUCUGACCAUGCUGCGGUUAGCGAGGCGAGCCGGGGGGAUCCUACUGCGGGGCUCCAUCCUGCAAGGCCCCAGGUCCUGGAAUAUUGAGGUUCAGAGAUGUAUGACCUCUGGGCUACCCAUGAACACAAUGGUGCUGUUUGUUCCUCAGCAGGAGGCCUGGGUUGUGGAGCGGAUGGGGAAAUUUCACCGGAUCCUGGAACCUGGUCUGAACCUUCUCAUACCCCUUCUGGAUCGUAUCCGUUAUGUACAGAGCCUGAAGGAAAUUGUGAUUAAUGUCCCUGAACAGUCUGCUGUGUCACUAGACAAUGUCUCCUUACAGAUAGAUGGAGUCCUCUACCUCCGAAUCUUGGACCCUUACAAGGCCAGUUACGGUGUGGAAGACCCAGAAUACGCUGUGACCCAGUUGGCACAAACCACCAUGCGCUCGGAGCUGGGCAAGCUCACACUGGACAAAGUCUUCCGGGAAAGAGAAUCACUCAAUGCAAACAUUGUGGACUCUAUAAAUCAGGCUUCAGAUUCCUGGGGCAUCAGGUGUCUGCGAUAUGAGAUCAAAGACAUUCAGGUUCCUCCCAAAGUCAGAGAAGCAAUGCAGAUGCAGGUGGAAGCUGAGAGGAAGAAGAGAGCAGUGGUUCUUGAGUCUGAAGGUGCCAGGGAAUCGGCCAUUAAUGUGGCAGAAGGAAACAAGCAGUCCCAGAUCCUUGCCUCCGAGGCAGAGCGAUCCGAGCAGAUCAACAAAGCUGCAGGUGAAGCUAACGCUAUACUGGCACGAGCCACGGCACGAAAACAAGCGAUACAGAUGGUAGCCGAGGCGCUAACCCUGCAGAACGGCAACGCAGCAGCAUCUCUCACCAUAGCAGAGCAGUACAUUUCUGCCUUCUCUAAUUUGGCAAAGGAAUCCAACACCAUCCUCCUGCCCACUAACACUGGGGAUGUCACAAGCAUGGUGGCACAGGCAAUGGGUAUCUAUGGCUCACUGACCAAAAAUUUACCACCGACCAUCCAGCAAGUUGGUAAUGACGCAGCAGAUGUUAAGAACGAAUCAGAGGGAUUGAAUCAGAGCAGAUAGCCAAGCACGUGCCAAUCACAGCAUCUCCAGGAUGGAAAACACACAAUAUGGGACCUUACCUCAAUGACCUAACAGGAUUGCAGAAUAUUGUUUUUUUAUAAAAUGAAUUGUGAAUUAUGUAUUAUAAACUGAACUAAAAUACA